AUGGCAACGGAUGAAAAUAUAAAUAUUGAUACUGUUAUAGAACAGUUAUUAGAAGUUCGUAAAUAUCCAAAGUUAGAAAAAAUCGAUUUAAAAGAAAAUGAUAUUCGUUUAAUAAUAAAUAAAGCACGUGAUAUAUUUUUAAGUCAAUCAGUUCUUCUUGAACUUGAAGCUCCAUUAAAAAUCUGUGGUGAUAUACAUGGUCAAUUUACUGAUUUACUACGUUUGUUUGAUGCUAAUGGAUAUCCACCUGAUGCAAAUUAUCUUUUUCUUGGCGAUUAUGUUGAUCGAGGAAAAAUGUCACUUGAAACAAUAAUUAUGUUAUUUUGUUAUAAAAUAAAAUAUGCUGAAAAUUUCUUUUUAUUACGUGGUAAUCAUGAAUGUGCAUCAAUUAAUCGUAUAUAUGGAUUUUAUGAUGAAGUUAAACGACGUUAUAAUGUUAAAUUAUGGAAAACAUUUACAGAUUGUUUUAAUUGUUUACCAAUUGCAGCAAUUAUAGAUGAGAAAAUUUUUUGUUGUCAUGGUGGUCUUAGUCCAGAUUUACAUUCAUUUGAACAAAUAAGACGUAUUGCAAGACCAACUGAUGUACCAGAUACAGGUUUACUUUGUGAUCUUCUUUGGUCUGAUCCAGAUAAAGAUACAACUGAAUGGGGUGAAAAUGAUCGUGGUGUAUCAUUUACAUUUGGUGUUGAAGUUGUAACAAGAUUUUUAACAAGACAUGAUCUUGAUCUUAUUUGUCGAGGACAUCAAGUUGUUGAAGAUGGUUAUGAAUUUUUUGCUAAACGUCAAUUAGUAACAAUUUUCUCAGCACCGAAUUAUUGUGGAGAAUUUGAUAAUGCUGGUGGUGUUAUGAGUGUCGAUGAAAAUUUAAUGUGUUCAUUUCAAAUUCUUCGACCUGUAACACAAACAAAAGGACAUACGCCAUCUUCAAAAGGAUCACCAUCGACAAAAACAUCUUAUGUUAAAAAAUAA